GCCCUGUGCAUUUUCUCCCCAUGCCUGUUCGCGUCUUCUCGCGCAGCAGGGACAACACGGAAUGACUAAAUAAACGUCGCAUGGGCAAGAAAGCAGCAGUUCGGCUUUUCCUUACAUCUUACGUUAAGGACUUUCACGUUUCCCGGUGUUUUUCCCUACUUUCUCUGUCUUCGUGUCCGGUAGUAACACAGCAGUCUUUGCUCAUCUUAGUCUCGCAGUUCUUGCAGGCUGUUUUAUUAACUACCUCAUCUGCUUUUAAGCUGUUUUCGGCUCCUUUUGGCUAAGAAGUAGAAGAUAUGCAAGCGUAAAGUUAAGAAGUCUGUGGUUUACAAGCGACAUAGAAGAGCACUGUGUUACAUCCUCUGAACUACUUGGAAGUCAAUUGGGACCUACUGGCAAGCCGAUGUGACAGUGCAGCGUCAGUGCUCCUUCUCUUCAUCUCAUCACAAUCGAAUUCCUUGACGGAGAAUCGGCUACGUCGUCAGUCCGGGCGAAGUUUCAAGGUUGGGCUUCGGCCUCGGGUUUCCCUCUGAGGCGAGGCUGCGCAGGAGACCCGGUGUUGCGGAGGCAUGGACUGCAAUUGUGUGAGUGAUCUGCUGCUCACGCCCCCGGUCCCAGCGCUCUGGACGCCAGGCUUCGCUUUCCCAGACUGGGCCUACAAGCCGGAGUCGAGCCCGGGCUCGCGGCAGAUCCAGCUCUGGCACUUCAUCCUGGAACUGCUGCAGAAGGAGGAGUACCAGGGGGUGAUCGCCUGGCAGGGGGACUACGGAGAAUUUGUGAUCAAAGACCCCGACGAGGUGGCGAGGCUGUGGGGCAUUCGGAAGUGCAAGCCGCACAUGAACUAUGACAAGCUGAGCCGAGCACUGAGGUAUUACUACAACAAACGCAUUCUGCACAAAACCAAGGGCAAGCGCUUCACCUACAAGUUCAACUUCAGCAAGGUUGUGCUGGUGAACUACCCCCUGUUCGACAUGGCGAGCUCUCCCUUCCUAUUGGCCCAGAACCACUUCAACGGCAGCUCAGCCGCACCAGACUGCAGUCCUGUCACCCCUGAGGCGCUGCAGUCGCUGUUCCCCCGCCUGCCAGAGGCCAGCCGCGGCAGCGCUCUGUUUGACCGCACCGGAGGCGCCCCGGGACCGGAGGGGGACAAGCUGCGGUUGGACGCCUUCCCUUUCCUCGGCUCAGGUGUGGGAGCGAGGGAGAGGAGAGAAGCGAUUCUUGAGAGGGUAGUCCCAGCCUUGGCAGCAGGGGCGCCUUGUUACUCCAAACCUCCGUCCCUGUUGGGCCCUUACCCCCGUAACCCCCCUUUCGACUACCCGUGGGGCUUUAACCCCUACCUCCCAGGGGCCUUCUCACUCAACAACUGCCCUAAACUGCCCCCUGGCUCGCUCUACCCCUCCCACUUCUACCCCAACCCGCUGCAGACCAGCCUGUCCCAGCUGCCCCACCCUUUCUCCUCCCUCCUGCCCCCGGGUGACGCGGAGGCAGCAGACAGGGGCGGGGCCCAGUCCGGAGGGACCAAUGGCGCGGUGGGAGGGCCGCCUCCGAGACUGUGCAUCCCGCCCUACCCCGGGAUAGGCCGGACGGAGCCGGGGAGUGGGGGCGGCACCCCUGGGGAGAGGGAGCGAGGCGAGGCCACCGUCCCUGGGUCUGUAGGGGGCUUGGGGCUCAGCCUCGGCUUGGGGCUGGGAGGGGUCAGCUUGGGAGGGGUGGUGGGGGGCGGACAGCAGAGCCCGUCGGAGCGGCGCGUAGUAGGCGGAGGCGGUGGCGGCGGCGUCAAGCAGGACCCGGAGUCUGACUCGGACCUGGAGAUCACGGACCUGAGCGACUGCAGCUCGGACAACGAGACGGACUUCGGCCUGGUCAAGAGCCCGCGGCUGGACGUGCGUCCACAGGGCCUCAACCUGAAGGCCGGAGGUGUCGCCAGCGCCCUGCCACCCCUGUCCUCCCUGCCCCCACCUGCUUCCCCCCACCCCCUGAAGAGUCUGGUGCCCCUCACACCUGCACCGCCCUCCCUCCCCUCGAGCCUGGCCCCAUCGCUGCCCCUGUCCCUCUCUCCAUCACUCACGCUGGUCGAGCGCCACAGAGAGACAGAGACUCUCAAACUGACCCACAGUUAAUGGAUUGUCCUCAUGACACUCUUGCCGUCUCCUAUAUCCACCCCCUCCUCUCUUUCUCUCAUUUCUUUAUUUCCUUCCUUUACUACUUGCUUGCUUCCUUUUCACUUAAAAAGCAUCUUUGGUUGACAUAUCUGACAUAUUUUAGCUGGCACUCCCUUCUACUAUUCCUUCAGAGUUGCUUUCGCUCUCUUUUUCUCUGUGCAGUCCUGUGUCAUGUCUUUAUUUGUUCUUUCAGUUAAGAUUUUUUUCUUCUUUUCACUACCCAUGAAAAAUAACAAAACCAAUAUUGGAUCCUGUGGUAGUCCCAUAUGUAGCAGGCACUCAGAGCACCUUGAAUAAACCUAUAAAGUGAAGCGGCAAAGGUUUGGUUGUGGAGACAUUGCCUUGAGACAUUUUAAAUGUGAAUGCAUUUUAUGAAAUGCAGUCAGCCCGUGGAAACCAUUUGGAAAGCCAUGCAGUGGCAUUGUACAUUGCACAGAGAAACCACAACAACUCUUGCUUCUAGCUUUUUCAAUGAGGUUACAGAGAAUUUGGAUAAAGGAAACCGCACAAGAAGCAGACAAUUUGCUGUCUUGGUGAAUGUAUUGUUUCCGAGCACUGCUGUAUAACCCAUGCCCAGCAGUGUGAGAAAAGAUGCAAUAACAACCACAAGAAAAGUAGUAUUAAAUUGAUAGUGCUAUAACGCUGCAAUAAGAAAUUUGUGUGUAGUGUAUGUUUUUUUUAUCAGGCAGUUUGGUGUUUUGACACACUGUCAAACAUUGCCACCUAGUGGUGCAUAAUAGUUCCUGAACAAGAGAGAGGAAUACAGGAACUCUGGUUGAGCCAGGUCACCUUCUUAUAUUUCAUAUCCCUCAUUUUGAGACUAUUUUCUGUUCCUACAUUUGCUGUAAUUGAUGAAUUACAUUUGGAUGUUUCCUGGAUGUCAAUUAUUUCAUUUAAAUGGACAUUUUGUCAUGCACCAUUUUUAAGUCUACCUUGCAUUGUAUGUGAACCAGUCUGUGAGUAGUUUUGUCUUGAUAAUUGGCACAGAAAUGGGGAGAAACAGAGAGUGUACAAGUAUCUCAGAAUUUGUAUCUAUAUUUCAAUGUAUAUAUUUUAAUAUUGUGUACAUUGCAUUUAAUUAUUAUGUCUAUUAUAACAAAUAGGUGUAUUGAUGUUCUGUAUUUACAUAAAAAAAAACAAUAUUUGGAAAACAAUAACUAUUGGUGUAUCAUGAAAUGAUGUAACAAACAGCAGAGCAACAUUGCUCUGAUUUUUUAAAAUUAUUCUUUAUAAUUUAUUUGUUUAUUUAUUUUUAAUGCUGAAGAAGACCGUGUUUGGAGCUAGAAUCGUGGAAUAUUUUUCUCACCUCUUGCUAAUUGUGCCCUUUGGUCAUGUCUCCAGAUGCUCUGAGAUGAACCACAGAGUUGAAACACGCCGCCAGCCUCAUUUACGUUGCUUCCCGCCCCAUGGUACUGUGCCGUAAUUAGUCACAUGUGAAUAAUAUUGGUUUGCCGCACAUCCAUUUGAAAAAAAAAAGAAGAUUAUUCAAAGAAAACAGCCAAUCCUUUCCUUGAUGGCAGAUGACAAAAGGGCAUCAAUACUUAACAAAAAAAAAUGCUUUCAAUGUAAAAUGAUGCAUAGGGCUGAGCACAAUAAGAAUUGAAUCUGUGAAGGGAAACCAUUCAGGAUCUGCACAUCAUGUAAGAUUUCCUCAUUGUGACUCCUGCCACUACAGGCAGACUGAGAGUUGAGACGUGCGUCCUACUCCCUCAUGUGUUCUUUAUUGUACAGUGUUGACACAUAGAUGUAAAUAUACUUUUCUUUGUGUAUUUGUGUGAACACAUUGGACUAAUUUUACCAUGCAGUGAAAUUCUGAGUCUUCUGCCUUUCAUUUGUUUUAUUGUAAAGAUGAAAAGGAACAUUAAAAGAAUUCAAACAAUAUCUUCAAAAAGCAAUAAAGGUUAUUCUGGAGAUAGCC